CUAGCAGCGCCUCGUCUUCCCACCGGCCGCUUUCAGGGGAGCCCCUAAGCCGGCGGCCGCUUUGAGCUCGGGACUCGCUCUACCAGAAACGUCGCUGCCUGCCCGUUUGCAGGUUCCGAGGGGGUGGAGUGAGGUGGGGGAAGUUGCUCCCGGGCUUUUCCAGCUGAAUGCUUCUGGGCUCAGGGCCAAGGGCUCUCCUGGCGGCAGCCUUGGCGGCGCUUUUUCCUACUUUUGCUCCCGUCCCGCGGCUCCAGAAGAGGGAAGGUGCGAAAGGAAGGGGACGUGCGGGCGCGCUCCCUUUCCCUCUCGCUGUUUGGUGCGUGUGUUUGUGUGUGUGUGUGAGAGAGAAAGAGCAGGAAGCCAAGAGCGAGAAGAUCCUGGUGGCUCCCGGGCGUGCCGGCGAAAGAUUUUUCCAAAAGGAUCAGGCACCGAUCCGGUCGCAACUUCAAUCCAAAAGAGAUCGCGCUCGUGCGCUUUGUUACGACUCCCCCCCACCUUCCGCCCCAUGAUCCCAUUUCGUUGCUAUCCUAACAGCGUCGCGUGGGACUCCCGAAGGCUGCGGGCUCCGCUGCGCCCAGAAUUCUCAAUGAGGACCAGGCACCGGACAUGAAGGUGGCUUGGACUGGGCACGGAAGGUGGAAUGUCGAACUUCCACCCGGUGAGGUUGCAGACUUGUCCCAGUUCUCCACGGGAUUCGUGGAUCCGAUCCCUGAAAGAAACCUCCUCUACGAGCUUUGGAAAAAAAUGCACUUGUUCCGCAGCUGCAGCUAUCGGAUCCAGCUGGAGGGGCAGAUGAACAAUGCCCCAAGGAUCCAGGGCAUCCGAUGGACUCCUCUUCCAGAGAGUGAAUCAACUCUGGUGCCUGGCCACAACCUAAAGCAGGCUUCCUCCAACAAAAUUCGGAGAGCAGGAAGGCUCCUCUGCGCACACUUGAUAGUCAUGUAUCCAGAUUUAAUCCGCGACCAUAAGCAUCACCUCCGGCUUCACAGGCAGUGUUGUUCUGGGAAGGAACUGGUAGACGCACUUCUUAGUGCAGGGCUUUCGGUGCAGACCCGCAGCCAGGCCCUUGGGCUUUGUCAAGUGUUGAUGGAUGAAGGAGUACUGGCUCAUGUACGACAGGAGAGCUACUUUCAGGAUCGAGAUGCUCAGUUCUUCCGAUUUGUGGCCUUGGAACCAAGUGCUGAAGACAGGGAUGGAGAGGAACUACUGGAGGCGUUGGCAUUGCUGACCCAGCUGGGCCCAACUGCAUUGCUCACCACCAUCCUACGCAAACCUCCUAACCAACGCACAGAUGAGGAACUUGCACUGAUCUUUGAGGAGUUACUGCAUGUCAAAGCGGUAGCCCAUCUCUCCAGUUCGGUGAGGAGAGAGUUGGCCGCUGUACUGCUUUUUGAGUCUCAUGCCAAGGCUGGAACUGUGUUGUUCAGCCAAGGGGACAAGGGCACGUCCUGGUACAUCAUUUGGAAGGGAUCAGUCAAUGUUGUUACGCAUGAUAAGGGCUUAGUGUGCACCCUACAUGAAGGUGAUGACUUUGGCCAGCUGGCACUUGUGAACGAUGCCCCCCGUGCUGCCACCAUCAUCCUUCGUGAAGACAGUUGCCACUUCUUGCGAGUGGACAAAAGGGAUUUCAACCGGAUUCUCAAGGAUGUCGAAGCUAACACCCUACGGCUGAAGGAACAUGGGAAAGUGGUGCUUGUUUUAGAGAAGAAUUCACAAGGCAGUAAUUCCAGUCACCUUGCUGGGACUCUGGGGAGCAGUAGAUAUUCAGUGAUGGCUGGAACCCCUGAAAAAAUACUUGAUUACCUAUUGGAAACCAUGCGUUCAGAUUCUACCCUUUCUGAUCCUGUGGAUACAUUUCUGGGAGAUUUUCUCCUGACGUACUGUGUGUUCAUGCCAACUCCACAGCUGUGCCGAACCUUGCUCCAACACUUCCAUUCGGAACCUUCUGAAGGUUCAGAGCAGGACAAAGCUGCUUAUAUCCUGGGCAAAAGGCAAAAGAUCCUGUGGUUGGUCAGUCGGUGGGUGUCCCUGUACGGACGGCUGCUGCAAGCAGAGGCCUGUGCUGUGGCUUUUUUGCAGACCAUGUCAGAAUAUGCUACCCAAGAUGCUCGUUUGGGCCCCCUGCUUCGAGAACAAAUACAGGAUCGCCGGAGAAAUCGAGUGAUAGAAAAUGGCAACAACUGUGCAUCCCCAAAGCUACAGGUCAGGAACGUUGUGAACUGGUUUGCCAUCCAAGAAGAACCUUUUCUGAACAGCAGUUACACCAUCCGAAUCAGGGACAAAGUUUCAUAUGAUAUAUACAGGCCCGACUAUUCCUGCCUUACCAGACUGUUACAGGUGAAUGCCACAGUUAAGGAAAUCGUUGCAUCGUUAGCAGACUGUCAGGACUGGAACAAAGAUUGGAUCCUAGUCAAGGUCAAUUCAGCAGGAGAUAAAGUUGUAUUGCCCAUGGAAGCUUUUGGUGUGUUUACAUCCCUGGGGUUGAACGAGAGACUUUUUGCUGUCAGUGUUCAAGAGCUUCACAACUUGGCACCUCACCCUGAACAGCUUGGCCCCAGAACUGGUUCCUGGGAAAGUUUGGAUUUCAUUAGUUCAAAGGACCUGGCUAAUCAGUUAACCGAGCAUGACUGGAACCUCUUCAAAAGCAUCCAUCAGGUGGAGUUGAUUUACUACGUGGUUGGGCCACAGAAAUUUCCCAGUGCAACCACAGCCAAUGUGGAGCGUUUCCUGCGUCGUUUCAAUGAGCUGCAGUUCUGGAUCACCACUGAGCUCUGCUUUUGUCCUGAUGUUAUCAAAAGAGCCCAGCUGCUCCGUAAAUUCAUCAAGCUGGCUGCACACCUAAAAGACCAAAGGAACCUGAAUUCCUUCUUUGCCGUGAUGUUUGGCCUGAGCCACUCUGCCAUCAGCCGCCUUUCUAGGACUUGGGAGAAACUUCCGCACAAGACGAGAAAGCUGUAUGGCACUAUGGAACGGAUGUUGGAUCCUUCUUGGAAUCACCGUGUUUAUAGACUGGCUGUGGCUAAGCUGUCUCCACCCAUGAUCCCUUUUAUGCCCCUCCUUCUUAAAGAUAUGACCUUCAUUCACGAGGGCAACCGUACCUUGGUGGAGAACCUUGUCAACUUUGAGAAGCUGCGCAUGAUGGCCAAAGCUGUUCACCUUGUACAUCACUGUCGGAGUCAUCCCAACCUUCCCCUCUCUCCCUUGCGCAGUCGUCCCCAGUACCUCUUGGAAGAAGCUCGGGCAAUACGUGCCUCAACCUGCUCAGAACAGUCCCUCAGCACUCGAAGUCCUGCUGCAACCUGGGCCCAUAUCCAGCCCUUGAGAGUGAUUGACAGACAGAAGGAACUUUUGCGGCUCUCACGAGACCUUGAAUCUUGAUGCUAGAAGAUUGCCCAAGCAAGGACAGAAAUCGUGCCAAGGACUGUUUGGGAAGGCACCUUCUGGUGGGUUAGGCCAACGCCCUUCGCAUUUGGCCAGAGGAAGAUCUCAAGCAGAUGAGAAAACUCCUCAUAUUCUUGGUGGCACAUUUGAUCUGUUCUGAUCAUUGAAAAAUGGGUGACAUCUCUCCAGAGCCUAAGGAACGAUGUGUCACCUUGCCUCAGGUUUUACAAACUGCAAAAUUUCUGGUGUGAAAAAAGACUGAUUCAUGGAAAGCUUUAAGCUGCCUUACCGGGAAUGGAGCAAAACUCUCACUUAUCAGUUACCAGUGUUCAACAGAAAUAUGUGGGGUUUUUUUUAAAAAAAAAGAAAGAAAAAUGGGAAGAUUUGCUUUGGUGUGUCUGAUGAAUUGUUAUUUUCUGAACUAGGAGUUCCCUCUCUUCUGCCAGGUUUAAAGAAGAUUCUUUAAAACAUUUGAAUGGAGCUAUUUGCUUCCCUCCAGUUGAAUUGAUUGGACGAAUCAGCAGAACAUACUGAUGUAUUUAUUUAUUCAUUAAAUUUAUAUCUUGCUUUCCUCCUGGAGCUCAAGCACAGUACACAGCAUUUCCCACUCCCAUUUUUUCUUCACUGAUGAAGUAAGAUGGACUGGUGUGGAGAUAGUGCCUGGCCUAGCAGCUUCUAUGGCAUAUGAUAGACUCAGAACUGGAUAUUUUUGCUCCUAGUCUAUAGAGCCUUCACUUCAAUGAGAUAACACAUCUCUUGUAUGUAACAUCAAGUAGGCAAUUUGCUAGAAAUGGGAUGCACUAGAACAGGGGUGUCAAAAUCACGGCGUUACGGUGGUGUCACGUGACGUAUUGGGACUUUCCCCCCUUCAUUAAACUGGGCAUGGGCAUGGGCAUGGCCAGUGUGUGACGCAUCCGGCCCAUGGGCCGGGACUUUGACAGCCCUGCACUAGAAGGUUGUAGGAGAUACCGGAAUGCUUCUUAAGAGUGCAUACAAGCUGCCUUUCAUGCUAAUAGCAGCUUUGCUGAUAAAAAAUUUGCAAAGUUGCAAGCAUCUUCUGUUGCAGCAACAGGUAGGUGUGCAGGAAUUACCUGAUCCAAGCAUUCACGUGCCUUCCUUCCUUAUAUUGUCAUGGAGGCAAUAGCGAGUUGCCUGGUUGAAGUGGGUUGCCAAAUUUGGAGUUCCCACCCCCUGAUGGGGAGCUUCUAAGCAGAUGGCAGCUGAAGUAGAUUAGAGGUGAGUGAAGGUACAAGCAUCAAGAAGUGGUGGCUGCCCACUUCUGUUUCUCCAUCCACAGAGUGAGUGCUUCAGUUUGCCAGAGACGGACAAGGUGCUUGGAAGGCAAGUCCACCACUAGGGUAAUGUGACUUUCUGUCCAUCAAUGAGCUCAAGAGGUUUUCAGGUGGGGCAACCUACCCCUUGAAUCAUGGGACUCCAGGUUAACCUAAGAGACUUUCAGGAUACCAGAUCUUCUCAUAGGGCUGUGCAACUCUAGAUUAACCAAAUGUAGACUGCAUCUCUGAGCAUUGGACAUGAUUGGACAGGAGAAAAGAAAAAGACUAAGGGAAGGGAUUUUUGAUUGGGCAGUUCUACCUUUUAGCGCAUGCAAUUCCUUAUUUGGGCAGGCAGGGGGUGCUGGUCAUGGUGCUGGUGGCAAUUGGGGAGGUGUGGCAAACCAGCUCCAUGUGAACCAAUGGACACUGGGCCCACAAUCUUUCUCCUAACAAGGGUUUCAUUGCCUGGUGAUUUUUGUAAACAAUAUGUUUUCUAUAUUAUCUUUUAUUUUUUUAUUCUGAUUUUGUAAUUAUUCAAUUUCGAAUAUACAACUUUAAACA